CUUCGCCAUUUCUCAAGAGGCGGGCAUACCACGACUCAAAAGAAGCAAUAUGCGCCGCAUCUCUGUGACCGUCCUUCCACUGCUGGUCCUCCCUGGGGUCCUAAGCGCUACGUUGCGAAACGCCACCAGUAAUAACCAGGUGCCUCCAGUUUUCAAUGAUACAACCUCGCUCUCGAUCAAAGGCAGCUUCCACGCCGAUUCUAGCCUAGAAUACAGUGCCGAUGUCGAAUUGAACAUCACAAAGCGUGCAUACCCUCGAGAAGGUCAGAGAAGAUGCAGACCAUGGUACCCAAUCGAGAUCGAAAGAUUCACAAUCGAAGGAGGCUGGAAUGUAGAUCAGGCCUGCCCUGAUGAGUACUGGUGCUAUGCCACGGAAACAACUAUCCGAUGUAGAAGACUAGAGUGGAAAACUCGCUGUAGUAUGUUUGAUCCAACUUGGAUCGAAUUCAAUACAGGCGACAAGUGGCUUGAUUGGAAUCGCUGCAGAAAUGGUGAGCGAUGCUAUAUGCUCAAUGGAGUUGGCAGCUGCAAACUGUCAGGGGGAAAAUUCAAGGUUCAUACAAACCGAUGGUCGGCUCGAGAUACGCUGGAUAAGACGACAAAAGAGGAUUGGGAUCACUCAGAAGCUGACAAUGUGGAAAACUCGAACACUACCGCAAUUGACAUAAGAGACAAGACAUUUGACUAGGCUCGCCAGAAAGAUACGAUCCAUAAUGUUGUAAUCAUGUCCCUGAUUUCAGCAAGAAUUUGAUCAUGCACGAUUCGCGUGAUGGAUGAAAGGUCACAACUCAAUGCAAGCCUUUCCACCUGGAUACUUUAGUUGGCGAAAUUUGGCUGCUGUCUGUAAACUCAACCUAAUACUAGUUCAAGUGAGAGGCGUCACUCGUUGCUCUCACUGUUUUUCUUUACUUCUCGUAAUCUACACCCAUUCUUAAGCACACUUUCCCAG